AAUUUGUUAUCAACUUGCGGACAUGCAUGCGUUAUUGUCCUGAGGAGUUGUCCUAAACUUGAUGUACUGAAGCGAGUCCUAGGAAAGUGUUAUCGCUAACACACCGACUUCAACCUUCACUAUCGCAGAGGGAAGAAAGUCCGUCGGAAAAAUACAUCUCAUCUCCCCGUCGCGAUCACAAGCGACCGCACUCGCUACUCGCGUCGUUGUCCAGUAACGUUUGCGGAGACCGCAAACAUCGAAAAUACAAAUGCAAAUCCUCGCGCUAGAGCAGAGAUAUGUUAAGCAGGCCGAUGGACAAGCGGACAGACGACGAAUAUACGGACGGGCGUAUGAGCCCGUCAAGCAUCGAGUGGAUCGAUAUACAAGCUCGAUAAACGGAGACACGACGAUCAGCCAACCGUCCGGCAGCCUCCUCACGACCGAGAAGAGGAAGAAGGAAGAACAAGACAGGGGGGGAGUCGCGGCGACGCACGGUUUUAGAUUCUAUGAUAGGUGGACACGAGAGAGAGAGAGAGAGAGAGAGAGAGAGAGAGAAAGAGGAGAGAGAGAGAGAGAGAGACAUUGCGGAGCGCUCGGCGGAGCGUCUCCGAUGCCGUGACCGAGCAUACAUAAUCGACUGGUGACCGUUUACGUGAUAUGCCGAGCCGGCGAGUCGAGCUAAUCGCGACUCCAUGCGACGCGGCGCGCCGGGUCGAUGUGCAAUUUGAAGAAACGCGCAUUUCGAUAGAUUCGAUCAGUCGAUAGGCCGACGUCGACCGGCGAUCCAGCGGCAUAUAUAAACUAUGGAAGGACUUCCCGUGCAUUUCAGUCGUCCGAAAAGCCAUCCUGACCGACGGAUCUCUCUUCUUUCAGACGAAUACGCGCCUCUCUCUCUCUCUCCCUCUCUCUCUCUCUCUCUCUCUCUCUCUCUCUCUCUUUCUCUCUCUUAUCCCGGCCCUUUUGCUUCCUCACGCACCGAGCCCUAAUUCCCUUCUCUCUCUCUCUCUCUCUCUCUCUCUCUCUCUUCGCUCUCUCUGCCCUUGCUCGCUCGCCCUGUCCGGCCCACCUCGCGCGCCCGUUCUCACCGUGUGUCUCUCCCUCUCGCACGUCGGCAGCGGCUCCGAGAGAGCGGCCACCGCGAUGUGUUCUUCGGCCUCUACGUCGCUGCUCGUCCCUAUCCCUCCGGCUGUAGGUCUCCUCGCAUAAGCUGACGCACACGCACGUGCGUUACAUACUAACUAUAUAUCGGGUACUCUCCUCACUCCCUUUUCGUCUUUUCUCAAUCUCUCCUUCUCUCGCCCUCUCCCUCUUGUUCAUCACGCUCUCGUCCUCGUCCUUGUCCUGUCCUGUCCUCGUCGGGAGUCCUCCUAGCCCUUUUUUGUCCCAUUCCCGGCGAAGGCUUGCGCGCGUCUUCUUCUUCUUCUUCUUCUUCUUCUUCUUCGUCGCCGGUAGCUUCUUCUCCCCUCGCCCCCUUCCUCCCUUCAUUCUUCACCCUUCCUCCUGCGUCGCACUCUUGCUCCUUCUCUCUCUCUUUCUCUCUCUCUCUCUCUCUCUCUCUCUCUCUCUCUCUCUCUCUCUCUCUCUCUCUCUCUUUUUAACCCUGUCUCUGACUUCUCUCGUCUCGCUGCUCCUUCCUCGCCAUUUCGCUUCUGGCCGUUUUGUUUUGCACCGCGCUCCACAAUCUCGUUCCACGUUUAUCUCGCGCGCUCUUUUUACGUGCGAGACCCUUGCGCUGUACACACGUAGACGAGCCGAGGACUCGCGAGGCGCGUACUGCCUCCACCCGUCGAGGUAGUGAUAUCGGGAGAGAGACGUCUGGAGAAAGCCAUCGAGAAAGCCACCGGAAGAACAGGACGACGAUGCUGGGAUGGUACGUCGGGAUCGCAGCCACCCUGCUGGCCCUUCUCGUCUACGUGGCGUACUUCUUCAAAUUCAACUGGGUCAAGGACAUGAGAGAUCAGACUAAGUCGCAACGGCACGGCGGCAUAGGACCGAAAAAUCGGAAAGUGGGUAAAUUACCGCCGGUCUAUCCCAACGGAUGGUUCGCCCUACUCGAAAGUUCGCAGAUAAAAAGAGGUCAAGUGAAGCACGUGUCCGCCCUUGGCGAGAAUUUCGCGGUAUUCAGGACCGAAAAAGGCACUGUCAACAUUUUAGACGCGUACUGCCCGCAUCUGGGGGCAAAUAUGGGCGAGGGCGGCCGCGUGAGAGGAAAUUGCCUGGAAUGCCCGUUUCAUAAUUGGUUAUUCCGGGGAGAAGAUGGUUACUGCGAUAGCAUACCUUAUGCAGAAAAGGUGCCGCACAUCGCGCGGACGAGAGUAUGGAAGUGCUGCGAAGUGAACCAGAUUAUCUUCGUUUGGUAUCACGCCGAGUCUACCGAACCUGACUGGCGACCGCAGCCGCAGAUGUGCAUCGCCAACGGGACAUGGCGUUUCCAAGGCCGCAAUGAGUUCCUGAUAACAUGUCACGUACAAGACAUAGCCGAGAAUGGGGCUGAUUAUGCGCAUCUUAGCGCGGUACACGGGCCGGCGAUGUUCCUCACCGGCAACAUCCUUUGGCUGGCUCGACACUCGUGGACCAACGCGUUGUGGCGGCCGCAAUGCUCGUACAAGUCCUCAGAGACGGACACGGACGUGGACGUGGAUGCUGACACGGGGGUGCAGAUCAAGCUGAACGACUCGUCGAUCCACUCAAUCUCAAACGGCAACGGCAAUCACCUGACGGAGAUCACCGAGAACGGUAACAAGAGAGCGAAGCAUAAGGCCAGCAUGCAGCUGCACCAUAGCCUGAUCUUAUUCGAGCGCUUCACCGUCCUCGGCUUGAAUGUGAGUGUCGAGCAGAUCGGCCCGGGCUACGUCGAGCUCAUGAUCAACACGUCCUUCGGACCGAUGUGCAUACUGCAGACGGUCACACCGCUGGAGCCGCUGCUGCAGCGAGUCACCCAUCAGAUAUUCUCACCACCCUUGUUAGCACCCUACGCCAAUUUGGUGUUCUUGGGCGAGUGCCUCAUGUUCGAGCGGGACGUCGCGAUAUGGAACCACAAGAAGUACGAAAGACAGCCGACUUUGGUGCGCGAGGACCGCACUAUCUUGGAAUAUCGUCGGUGGUACUCGCAGUUCUACUCGGCCAACAGCCCGACUUACCAGACGGCCAUGAAUAGCUUGCAGUGGUAGUAAUGUCGCGACCUUUGUACACACGCAUUCAUACGCAUGACAGCGCACAAACUUCAUGUAAUUUUCGUAAUUGACGUGGUUUUUCUGAAAGUGACAUCGCGGUGUUCGCCUAUGUACGGCGGUGUCACACCGAAGAACGUAUAUCUGUCUAUGCACCUGCUGGAUUGUGAAACGAUUACUUAAGAUGGACGUUGACAGAAGCGUACAAUAAUUUACAAAAUGAUGUAAAGAAUAUUUGCUUUUACGAGCGUGUAAAUAUUGCUUAACAGAUAAAAUUCCUAUUAAUCCUUUA